AUGUGUUAUACCAGCAUUUUGGCAUUUGUUGUGGGUGACUCAUUGGAAAAUCUGCAGAAGACCUACACUGGAUAUGUUAUGGAAUGUGCAAGAUACCAUCCCAUUACGGCGGAGGACAUUGCGCAGUUGCAAAAACGAGUGCUACCUGACAAGGACUCAAUAAAAUGUCUCUUCGCGUGCGCAUACAAAAAGGCUGGCAUGAUGGACGAUGAGGGCAAGAUGUCCGUUGAGGGUUCCCAAGAAAUUAUCCAGAAAUAUUUAGCAGACGAUCCAAAUACAUUGAAGAAGGCCAACGAUUUCACAAAUGCCUGCAAAAGUGUAAAUGAUGAAACCGUAAGCGAUGGAACAAGAGGUUGUGACAGAGCUGCAUUGAUGUUUCAUUGCAGCAUUGAAAAGGCAAACGAGGGUUUGACUGAACUAGAAAUCAAAAAAGAAUUUAUAAAAACUGUAAUGAAGUGCAACACAGAAAAUCCCGUCGAGAUGACAGAGCUCUUCCAAUUACAAGCUUUAAAAGUACCAAAAAAGAAGCAAACCAAAUGCCUUCUGGCAUGUGCCUACAAAAAAGUUAAAACUAAUCCCGCUUCCAAGCCGGAUUUGGUGCACCAGUAUUUAUGCGAGGUCGACGUA